UGUCUGGAAAGCUGGACUGACCAUGGCUGGAGAGCAGAGGGGGAGGAGAGGCGCUGCAAUGCGCUGCAGCCAGUUCAAAUUUGGUCUCUUCAGUCGUGUCCUUUUCAACAGCAUUGAAACAGCGUUACAGUGAGCAGCACUUGCAGAGUCCGUGCGGGGCGGAAUGUAGUGCAGCUGCCUGAGUGGUGGUGGUUACUUUUGGUCAUUGGCCCGCAAAGGUUCUUCCAAGGAGGUUGUCGGCAUCUUACAGUGUCUUCAGCUUCCAACUAGCUCCAUUCAAUGCUGUCACUAAGAGACCCCUAGGGGCCUGGUGCCAAGCAAUGACUAUCCGAGUCAGUGAGUUUGACCUGCGAUACUGGGAGCAUAGGCAUACGGAGGACCACGAGAGACGGCCAGAAGGCUUCGAGUGGCUUGCUUCAUACGGCACAUCGGUGGUGCAUGAUGCAGUCAACAGGCACUUUCAGAAGGAUGACGUCAUCCUGGAGCUCGGGUGUGGGACCAGCGGCUUAAUGCACGACCUGGCUCAGGAUGGCUUCUCGCGACUGAAAGCGAUUGACUACUCGCAGGCGGCAAUUGAUACGCAGAACUCAAUCCAUGGAGAUGCAGACAUCGACUUCAGGUGCAUGGACGUCAGCAACCUUGAAUUCGAGAAUUCCAGCAUCGAUGGCAUCAUCGACAAGUCCACGCUGGACAGCCUGGACUGCUGCGUGGGGGUCGAUGACCAGAGCGCAGCCCGCCGCGCGGUGCAGGAGGCAUACCGGGUAUUAAGGCCGAGGGGACGCUGGAUAGUCAUCUCGCUAAGAGAUCCAAAGCGAAGGGUGGAGGACUUCGAGGGUCUUUUCCGGCUGGUGGAUGUGGUAGAGGUGAGGACCAAUGACGCGUCACCCUGUGCCGAUUACUUUGUUUACUGCUUCGAGCGCGAAGCGUAAACGAAGCCGUCUUUUUCGAGCACCCAGCUGGCUAGGAUUUGGAAUCAUUGAUUCUCUGGAUAGACCCGUAGAGAUAUUAUCUAGGACUUUGUCGGCAAUGUACAAUUGGGUCGACCGCAACCGAAUCUUUCCCAAGAUUCUAAAUUGGAGAAGGGGGGCCCUGUCCUGGCCAAGGAAGUAGUCAUUAAGACCCCUACGAGAGGCUGAGUAAGCAGAGGGUUAGGAUAGAUGGAGCUAAAGAGUCAACAUACUCGCGGUAUAGUGGUCCAACGGUGACGUCAUUGUGUCAAUUAAUGAAACCGUACGGAUGACAUCCUUGGGUAAAUCUGCCGCCGAUCGAAGUGGAUUCGGGUGGUGAAAGUUAGAGUAGGGAACUUUGUGAGUUCUAUGCGAUCUGCAACACAGGAACUCAGAGUUUCAGUCUCUUGCCAGCAGCUGGCUGACAUCACCGACGAGCAAUGAACAGGCAAUCGUGACAUGUUGGCCUGGCUCGUCGACGGGCGGCAGAUGUCAUGCGGCCCUCUGAAACUCGAAAUUUAACAGUUCGUGAGUUACUUAGCACUGCCAAAAAAAGGUGAAAGCCGCCGAUCAUGC